ACCACAUGAGAAAGAGGAGAAAAUCCUCUGUUUUUCUAUCUUCAUCAAUCAGACGCUCUUUCUCUCUCUCUACAAACAACAAAAAACCCAGUUUAUUUUUUCUGCAUAUUAUCAGGAAAGGAAAUUCCUUUUCUGGGUUGAAAGCUUUGGAGGCUUGUGGGUUCUGUAAGGGUAUCUGAAUCAACAUCGUAUCACCAUACCGCGGUACCAUCUGGGUUCUGUUAUUGUUCGUGUUCUAGACUAAUAGAAAUCAAAGCUGACCUUAAGUUUGAUUGGCCUGUUUGAGUAAAAAGGUGCUUGAAAAGGAGUAUUUGGAGAUAAUUACUUUUCCAUCAAGGAGUGAUUUCAUGUUUAGGAAUGUAAGAUGGCUGCAGGGACUGAUUAUCCACCUUCACUUUCCAUGUUAGAUGGCAGCUACAGAAAGGGAAAUGUUACUGUGGUAAAAGAUGAGAAAUCGGAAACUUUUGAGAUCAUGAAACAGCCAAAUGUUGGGAAACCUCCUAGGCACAUCUCAGGAAUUCGGCACUGUGUGAGCUCUGCCCAGUUGGCUCCUGCAACUGAAGAAUUAGAUGUAGGGGUUGUUAGCUCCAAGUCACCAUCAGAUGGUAACUCGACAUUUGUACCUGUUUUCCGGUCGGGAAGCUGUUCAGAAAUUGGAUCAAAACCAUAUAUGGAGGAUGAGCAUAUAUGUAUAGACAAUCUUCUUGACCAUCUAGGUUCAACAACAAACUUCCCUUCUCCUGGAGCUUUCUAUGGGGUUUUUGAUGGCCAUGGUGGUACAGAUGCUGCUUUGUUCAUUAGAGAGAACAUUUUGAGGUUCAUGGUUGAGGAUAAUCAUUUUCCAUUUUGUGUAGAGAAAGCUAUUAAGAAUGCCUUCCUAAAUGCUGAUCAUGCAUUUGCUGAUGAAGCUUCUCUGGAUAGUUCCUCUGGUACCACUGCGCUGACUGUCCUUAUCUUGGGAAGAACAAUGGUAAUUGCCAAUGCGGGGGAUUGUCGAGCUGUGCUGGGGAAAAGAGGUAGGGCAGUGGAGCUAUCGAAGGACCAUAAACCCAACUGCAUCUCUGAAAAGCUAAGAAUUGAGAAACUGGGAGGUGCGGUGUAUGACGGGUACCUUAAUGGUCAACUAUCAGUUGCACGGGCCCUUGGAGAUUGGCAUAUGAAAGGCCCGAAAGGUUCCUCAUGUCCCUUGAGUGCAGAGCCGGAGCUGGAAGAGAUGAUCUUGGGUGAGGAAGAUGAGUUCUUGAUUCUUGGCUGUGACGGACUGUGGGAUGUGAUGAGCAGUCAGUGUGCAGUCACAAUUGCAAGGAAAGAAUUGAUGCUUCACAAUGAUCCUGAGAGAUGCUCAAGGGAGCUGGUAAGGGAGGCCCUCAAGCGCGACACGUAUGACAACCUGACAGUGGUGAUAGUAUGUUUCUCCCCUGACCCUCCGCCGAGGCUUGAAAUCCCGAAGUUCAAGUUCAGUAGAAGUAUAUCGGCAGAGGGUCUGAAUCUUCUUCAGGAGGCAUUGGAUAGUAAUGCGUGAAUUGGAUUUGAUGGUAAUUGUAGCCUUUUGUGAAAAUGAUGCUGAACUGUUGUUAGCUGUUUAGUGUUCUAUUAAGGCUUGCCCUUGUUUCUUGGGAAAUAAUUACUUUUGUUUCGUAGGAUUUGGCAUUUGAGUAAAAUUUAUUGUACAUAAUGACUUCAAUUAUAUAUCAUCUGAAAAUUCGUUAGAUUCAUUUUGAGA